UGCGCUGAAAAUUAAGACAGAACAGAUCACAUGGGAUUACUGUGUUCUAAGUGGGCAUGGUCAAUCAGGUUUCAAGCAAAUUCAGCAUUAAACUCUACGGACCCGAGUACCCACCCCAGGGGAUCAACAUUAUAUUAUAGUUGCUUUUUUAAAAAUGUAAAAGCUUUGAACAUGCUUUGUACAUCUAACAGUCCAAAUUGCAUGCCAUCCUACUGGGUGAUCCUCUCUGAUGCAGUCUGCUCCAUAAGUUUAGUAGGCUAUAUUUCGCUUUACACUUAGAAUUAUAUUGAUCUUUUUUGUUUGUUUGUUUGUUUGUUUGUUUUUGUAAAUGCCUUUAUCCAAGGAAAUGUACAAGUAAGGCAGGGUAUAAUCCUGGUACAGAGCUGCAGAGCCGACAGAGAGCCACAACUCCGAGAGCACAUACACCGAGACCUCCUCAAAACACUAACAUUAGAGCAAGUUGAAGCUUUUCAGAACAAAUCAGCCUGAGCAAAGUCAAAUUGUGCCCUGACCUACAUAUGGAUAUUCAUUAACAUGUAGCCUAUAUUAUCCCGCAUAAUCGCAUUUUCUUUCUUUUUGCGCGUCUCCAAAAAAAAAAAAAAAAAAAAAAAAAAAAAAGGCCUUGCACCUGCUUUUUCCAGAUGUCUUGCGACCUGGUAUAGCCUAGGUAACGAAGUGUACUUUAUAAUACAUAUGACUGCAUUAUAUGCUUUUCUGUUUUUUAAAUAGGUUUCAAUAGGUUAUGCAUAUUUAGUUUAGGGUAUCAGUGUUUGUGGUGUGGAUCUGAAUUCAACAGUGCGCACAGCGCAAGGUGCAAAAGUGCAGAUUUCUCGGCCCCGCCUCUUUUGAUAUUCACACGCAAGGGAAGAAAAAAAAAACAUCUUAAACGCUCAGAUAUUAGCUCAAGGGCAACGUUUACACGUUACAAAAAAUGCUCCAAAACGUGUACUAUGGGCAGAUUGGCCAAACGGAUGUAGAAAGGUUAUUGGGAAAAUAUGGGAAGGAUGGAAGCUUUCUCUUGAGAGACAGCCAAAGCGAGCGAGGAGCUUUAUGUCUCUGUGUCAGGAAAACUCCAUUUGUGCACACAUACAGGAUUGUCCAUACAUCUCAAGGCUGGUCAGUGGAGACUGAAAACAAGGAGAAGAUACAAUGGUUCCAGUCACUGGAUAAACUCAUUGAAUCCUACAAAAAGACUCCCCAUAACAUGGUUCCUCUUCUGUAUCCGCUUGAAAAAUCACCUCUAUAUGAAGAGGAGAGAGAACUCGGAGAAUCAGCCUACCUGGAAAUGUGAUGCUCAAGUGUGACCCACUGCGAGGGAAUGUGUCUGUGUAAAUAUAUAUAUUUUUUCUUUUCUAAAGUACUUUUAACAUGUAAUGCAAGCAUUUGUUAUCUAUAAAAAUGAGAUUAUCCUCAGUCUAUCUUUGUUUAACUGGCGCAUUUAUAUCUCUCAAGUGACCCUACAGGCCUUCUGUUAUUUAAGGCCUUGAAAAUAUUCCACAAGAUGGCAGUGGAGCAACUAAAAUAUGUGUGGUGGAUGGCACACCUUCACUUCUAACUUCCCCUAAAGUUCAGAAGGAAGUUUGUAAAUACCCACUACAUGACAGCAAGUCUGUGUGAUGCAUUCUGUGUUCAGGAAAUUUCCGAUCGAAAGUGUUCAGUCUAUGCACAAGAUUCAGGAUAUUCCAAUAGAAAGAAACUGAAAAUACUGUUUAAACUGUAAAUAACAACACUUAUUUCUUGCAUUUAUUAAUCACAAUGUUUUACAACCUGACCUAUAUCUAGUGGACAGCCAUUCUUCUCUAAACUUUGCAAAGAUGUGUUGUUUAGUUUUUACACAAAGUGAAGUGUUUAGAAUACAUGGGAAAGUGAUACUCUGCACAAAGUAUCUUUACUAGAUAAUUUUUCCAUAAAAUACAUGUAAUUUUAUUGAUGAUAAACCUCCUGGAAGGAAAAUACCAGACAUUUUGACAAGAUGUUUGACAAGAAUGUUUCAACAUAAAUAAUGGAUGUGCCAAAAUGUGCAAAAUUCCACUUGUCAGGAGAAAUGGCAACAAUUACUACUUACUAUCUGUAUUGUUUAUACAAUGCAUGUUAAUUAACUAAGUUAAUGUAUUUUUUUUACUUUGCCUAAAUCUCUCAAAUAAACUGCCAAAAAAAAAACCCCAAACGUUUU